AUGGGACACCUCCAGGAGGUGGAGAGGAGGAGGUCCCAGAGCCCCGAGGAGCUCCAGGCCAUCCAGGAUGGAGUCAGGACCCUGGAGGCUCUGGUGUUUGCUGCAGACGAGACACACCAUGAGGAGACUAAGUUACCUCAGACUCCCGACUGCUGUGGUCAUUAGUGGUCAAUAUUAUUAGUCAGCUUUUCUAGAUGUUGAAGUGGAAAACUAUAAUAAGUUCCCAGGAUAAUAGGUGUCAAAUCUGGAUUGGUUGAUAUUUUUCUUUCCUUUCCAAUUGUUCUGUCUUUCUGUCCCAUGAUGCAUAGUCUUAUUUUGGUUGUGUUUUGAUCUUUGACCGCCAGGUCCCCAGCUGGUGGCCAUUCUCCUUCCCAUCCUAAUCUCUUGUCUGCUGGAUGAGAAUGCCCUGGCCUCUGCCCCCAUGCCCGCCCGCGCACUGCAUGAGUCGUCCCUGCAGGACCUGAUGCGCAUUGGCCCCCAGCACUCGUCCGUCUUCAAGGCCCUAACGGCCUCCUCGCCCCACAUGAAGGCCAGGCUGGAGGCUGCUGUCAAGGGCAACCAGAAU